UGUCACUGCUUUUUCCACUGUGGUCUGUGUGUCUGAGUCAGAGCUAGCCUACAACAGGGUUCUUUGAAUUGAUGGCUCACUCCCAGCCCUCUUGACUAACUGCCAACUUAGCAGGGCGUAGCUUACCAACAAAUUUUUUUUUUUUUAAAGCCAGACUGAUUCAUAGAAACUCCUUUAAAACAGUGAAAAGAAACGCCCAUCACACACCCUAGCACACCAGCCCAGGAAACUUAUAACCUCAGGAGGCAGGUCCCUCCCAUCAGUGUGGUUGCAAACCUCCAGGAGAGCGGACCAGGCUGCUGCCAGCACCGUCACCGCCAGCCACUCCGAGCCUCUGUCGCCCGGACCCUCCAGAAUUCUCUUUGUUCACAAGUUACCAAAAAAGCCAAGAUGUUGGUCCUGCUGGCUGGUAUCUUUGUGGUCCACAUCGCCACUGUCAUUAUGCUGUUUGUUUCCACCAUUGCUAACGUCUGGCUGGUUUCACAGUUUGGGAACGUAUCAGAAGGUCUUUGGAAAAGCUGUAAGGACGGUUUCUGCAAUGAUUCUCUGCCAUAUAUACAGGAUGAUGCCCUCAAGUCUGUGCAGGCCUUCAUGAUUCUGUCCAUCAUCUUCUCUGUCAUCUCCCUUGUGGUCUUCGUGUUCCAGCUCUUCACCAUGGAGAAGGGAAACCGGUUCAUCCUCUCGGGAGCCACCAUGCUUGUGUGCUGGCUAUGCAUUAUGAUUGGAGGAUCCGUGUACACUAACUAUUAUGCAAACAAUUCUAACAGCACUUUUUGGGGGCAGCAAAGUCACCAUGGCUAUUGCUUCAUCCUCACCUGGAUCUGCUUCUGCUUCAGCUUCAUCACUGGCGUUGUCUACCUGGUCUUGAGAAAGAAAUAAGGCUGAACAAGUUCAUGGGGAUCAGGGGGGUGGGAGGAGGAAGCUGUUGAACCUGGGAGGGAAGUGGAAGAUGCCGAAUGGGAAAAACCAAGACAGGAAGGGGGAGGGGAGGGGGGGAGAAAGUGGAAGAGGCCAAAACCCAAAUGGUUACUGAGGAGAUUCUCUACUGCCAAGCCCCUGCCCUUGGGUCAAAGCAUCCGGCUAGUACCUUGAUGCUCCCUGAUGCCAGCCUCCCUCCAGCCACCAGACUUGGCCUCCAGCUGUUCUCGGCCACUCACACUGCCUGGAGCCCAUCAGCUGCCACACCACCAGCUCCUCUUCUGAGGGUGAAUUUGGGUCAUGCACUGAGGUCCACAUACCUACUGUGUGCCAAGUUAAAAUAGCGGUACAUGUUUUGGCAAGAGCAGGUAUUGUGCUUGUGCUGAAAGCCAGUCCUGCCCUUCUGACCCAAAGCAAACAUCACAUGUCACAUUCUAGCCCAGAGUGCCCAUUGUGGGGGGCUUUGGCCAGCAAGCCACUGCCCCUCUGAAGAAUAGAUAAUUAGCUUUGUGGAAUUCAGUGACAAAAUGGGAGGAGGAGAGAUGGCUUGUAAGGCCAACUUGGUUGGUUAGCUAAACCAAGAAAGAGAACUUUUCCCAAUGGAAGACCUGGGGGGUUGUCAGAACCCAGACCUCACAUGGCUGUCCUUCAUGGAGCCCUCUUGCUGUGGACUUUGCUAGGCCUCUCGCUUGAAACCAAGGUAGCUCUUCUGGAAUUUCUCUAAAGCCACUAAUGAAAGCACCACGUAAACUAGGAGACCUAAGUGGCAAUCUUGCAAGAAUGUUAUAUUAGGGUUAUGGUUUUAGGAUUCCCCUCAAAGCAGUCAAUGUUAAGUAUAUAACAGUAGAGAGAUGGACAUGGAUCCUUGUAACACAAUCCUACUAUUCUUCCAUUAUACUUUAAACUUUUGAGUAAGUUUUGUCUGAUUAUCCACAUUGGGGAUCAGAGCUUUGUAGCUCUAGCUUCAACGCUGGUUGAAGUGGUCACUUCUUUGAGGCCUCUCCUGUCCUAGUUCACAAGUGAGGCACUUCUGGAAUUAACACACACACCAAACUGCAACCAAACAGUCCCUUGGGUGAAAGGUGCUAUCUAAUUGUGAAGUAUUAAGCAUACUAUAUUUUAUAGUCAUGAUAAGAACAGAAUGCCUGUGCUCCCAGGAAAAUAAGGAAAUCCCAUAAGAUAAAUCAAAAUGUAGGUGAUGGGCAGAUUAUUUUCUUUAUUAAAAAAAGGCAAAAAUUCUUGUGGUACCUAGUCAGAUGGUAGUUGAGCUGUCUGCUGCCACAGAAGCACCUCUCUAUAGGACUUAGAAGUAGCAUUUUAUUCCUGGCUAGAAAGGCAUUGUUCUGCUCUAGAGCAGCUAUUUUAAGCCAUCUCAGAUUCUGUCUAAAUGGUGUUUUGGGGGUGAAUGGGGAGACAUUUCCUUUAUUACUCUGACAAUAAGAUCUACCCUAUGAAGAAUCUGAGAUAUCUUGCCUUCUUUUCUCCAUUAGUUUCUCCUCAUCCAUUUCUUUUAUACUUUUCCUGUUUAGGGAGUUGUUAAUGCCAUGUUCACUGGUAUUUAUGUAAAGGGACUAUUACUAAGUUUAUUUCUCUAUGUUUAUUCUGGUUAAGGAAAUGUUGAGAACUGGGAUUAGAGAGAUAGGCCAGCAAAAACGGUGGGAUGAUGGACGUUUUCUUUAUGAUUUACUUAUCACAUGAAUAUAUAAGGCCAUCUUAUGUGCAGAAACAUACUUACAUAUCAGAUAUAUCCAAAAGAGAUACUUGCAUUUUGUUCAGAAACUGAACUACGACUGGAGUAAACUAUGUAUUCCCUUGUCUUUUACUUUUUUUCUGUGACAUUUAUGUCUCAUGUAAUUUGCAUUACAUUGGUGGGUUGUUCUAGUACUGUAUUUGGCUUCUUCAUUCAUAGGUUAUUUCAUAUACUAUAAUUGUAAAUAUUUUGAUACAAAUGUUUAUAACUCUGGGGAUAUAAAAACAGAUUCUGAUUCCCUUCA